GAACCACUGUGCUGUGUUCCUUCGCAACACCCUGUGCCUGAGAGAGCUGAUCCUGUCACUCAGGCCACAUUAGCCAAUGAUGACCUCCAGGCAGACUGCCAGGCAGAAUGAGGGCGGGCACUUCCGGUCCGUCAUGAUAGAGACUCUCCGGCUCUGGGCUCAGGAAGACUCCGGUGUUCUUUGUGCUGUGCUGUGAUCCUCUGCCGGGAGCCGUGAGGAGAGCGAGGCGAGCUCGGAAUCCACCAUGAAGACAGAAGGAGGCAUCAUAUCCCCUGCAACAGCAUCUAGGGAUGAUUGUGUGCACCAUGAGUGACUGGACCAACUCUAUGGCCCCGCCUGUUGGCUACGCCCCAUCCAACAUGGUGGAGGUAUGUUCCUCUCCUCUGCUAGCCAUGCUCACCGCCCCAGCUCCAGGGACGCAGCAGGAGGCCGUGACCUAUGAAGAUGUGCAUGUAAACUUCACUCAUGAAGAGUGGGCUUUGCUGGAUCCUUUCCAGAAGAAUCUGUACAAAGAUGUGAUGCUGGAAACCUACUGGAACCUCAUUUCUAUAGGUUGCAAAUGGGAAGACCACAAUAUCAAAGAACAUUGUCAAAGUUCUAGAAGAGAUGGAAGGCAUAUCAACUGUCACUCUGGAUACAAGCCAUAUGAGCAUCAGGGAUAUGGAAAGAAGCAAUAUACCUCUUUUUCUCCUGGAACAGUUAGAAGAUAUGUUGUAGUCCCUGCUGCAAGAAGACAUGAUGGCUGUGAUACAAGUUUACACUCUCACAUUGGAGAAAACCCUUAUGAGAACAAGGAAUAUGGAAAUCCAUCUGUCUGUCCUGGUUCACUUUGCUCAUGCAGUAUGACUCACAGUGUAUGUUAUACAUGCAAUCAGUGUUGUAAAACUCUGAGUUAUUCCAGUUCUUUUCAAAGACAUGAAAAAACUCAUAUGGGAAUAGGAAUUGAUAAGCUUGAUCUUUGUACUAAGGACUUUAGCCAUUCCAUGUAUCUUCAAACACACAAAACAACCAAUAAUGAAGAAGAGCUCUAUCAAUGUAAUCAGCAUGAUACAGCCUUUAGAUAUGAUUCCUCUUUGAAAGUACACCAAAGAACUCAUUUGGAAGAAAAACCCUAUGAAUAUAAUCAAAGUGAUAACGUCUCUGCAUGUCACAGUCUUCAUCAAGUACAUAGAACUCAUUUUGAUGUGAAAAAGUAUGAAUAUCACCAAUAUGAUAAAGCCUUUGCAAGUCCUAGUUAUCUUCAAAUAUAUAAAAGAAUUUAUACUGGAAAGAAACCCUAUGUAUGUACACAAUGUGAUAAAGCCUUUUCAUGUUCCAGUUAUCUUCAAAUUCAUAAAAGAAUUCAUACUGGAGAGAAACUCUAUGAAUGUAAUCAAUGUGGUAAAACCUUUAUACAAAAGAGUCAUCUUCACAGACAUGAAAGAAGUCAUAGUGGAGAGAAACCCUAUGAGUGUAAUCACUGUGGUAAAGCCUUUGCACACAAGUACAAGCUUCUCAUUCAUGAAAGAAUUCAUACUGGAGAGAAACCCUAUGAAUGUAGUCUAUGUGGUAAAGCCUUUGCAGAGAAGUGCAAUCUUCUUAGUCACGAAAGAAGUCAUACUGGAGAGAAACCCUAUGGUUGUAAUCAAUGUGGUAAAGCCUUUGCACAGAAGAGUGAUCUUCGCAGUCAUGAAAGAAUUCAUACUGGAGAGAAACCCUAUGAAUGUAAUCAAUGUAAUAAAGCCUUUGCACAGAAGAGUAAUCUUCGAAGUCAUGAAAGAGUUCAUACUGGAGAGAAACCCUUUGAAUGUAAGCAAUGUGGUAAAGCCUUUGCACAGAAGAGCAAUCUUCUUAGUCAUGAAAGAAGACAUACUGAAGAGAAACCCUAUCUAUGUAAUCAACCUGCUCAAUCCUUUGCACUGGAGAAUAAUUUUCUCAUUCAUACUAGUAAUGCAGAAGAGAGACCUUAUGAAUGUAAGCAAUGUGGCAAAACAUUUGCAAGGAAGAGUCAUCUUCUCAGUCAUGAAAGAAUUCAUACUGGAGUGAAACCCUAUGAAUGUAAUCAAUGUGGUAAAACUUUUGCAUGCAACAGUAACCUUCGCAGGCAUGAAAGAUGUCAUACAGGAGAGAAACCUUAUGAAUGUAAUCAAUGUGAUAAAGCAUUUGCACGUAAGAGUCAUCUUCAGAGUCAUGAAAGAUGUCAUACUGUACCCUACACAUAUAAUCAAUUUGGUAGAGACUUUGCAUGUAGCAGUCCCAUUCAUAUAAAAGAAAGAACUUAUACUGGAGACAAACCCUAUGAAUGUAAUCAAUACAGUAAAGACUUUGCACAAAACAGUCCUCUUCACAAUCUUGACAGAAAUCAUAUGCAACAAAAACCCAGUGAAUGUAAUCAGUGUGGCAAAGUCUUUCCUUGUUGCAUUGUUCUUCAAAAUCAUGAAACAUUUCACACUGGUGAAAACCCCCAUGACCCUAAUAAAUGAGGCCAAGCCUUACAUUCCACAUACAUUUUUUUCACCAUGCUAGCUUACCAGUGCUUGAGAAAGGUUAGUAGAGCCACUCCUUAGUUAAAAGAUUGUCUCUUUUCAAGUAAACAUAUUGCAUUCCAAGAAUACAGAAACACAUGAUAUUUUGAAUAAUAAAACGAAUUGAAACUGCUAGUUACACUGUCAUCCAUUAUUCGGGGGUCAUGCUACUUUAUUCUGAGUAUGAAAUACUUACUCUUGUCCUAUUCUCAGCAACACAAAAGAAUGGCAGAGAAUUUUAUCAGUUAAUGUGAUUGCUGCCAACCCUGAUUACCUGAUACUGAGUUUCAGGGUGGCUUUAGUGAUAUAGUGAGAUAUUUUCUCAAGAAAAAUCCAAAAAGGGAAUCUGGAAAGAUGGCUGAAUUUCCACAGGACCCAAGUUUAAUUCUUAGCACUCACAUAGAAGUUCACAGCUAUCUGUAAGUCCAGUUCUAGGGGAUCCAACAGCUUCAUAUAGAAAUGCAUUCAGUCAAAACACUUUUUCAUGUAAAAGACAAAAGUAUAUGUCACUUUGUGAUUUUUUUCCCCCAUAGUAUAAUGUGGAUUCAUUUCUGCUCAGCUAAGUCAUUUGUGGGGGUCAUUCACUUCAAGAGAAUUAUGUUAACAGCUAAAAUAAGCAAUGUGCAGAGUCCAUUUACAAAGGGAUUGAAAUCCACUCAUUCUUUCCCUGUACAAGUAGCAGGGACUUUCGCCACCUGCAAAUGGUAAGGCAGAAGAAAUAAAGAGGCAGGGAUACCUUCAUUUUCUGCAUUAUAAUGACAUCUUUGUAGCACUGCUGAUGUUGGUCGUAUAAUUUUGGUUCCUAGCACCCAUAUCAGGUGAACCAGAUGUGCCUGUAAAUCCUGGUUUGGAGGUCUUGCAUGCCUUUCUUGUGCACCCGGUAUGUUAAUGGAAUAAAGGCAGAUAUGUACAUAUAUAUAUACACAUAUAUCUGUAUGUAUGUAUAUGUAUGUGAUAGAGAAGAGAGAGACUAUAUUUCAAAAAAUUUUUCUUUAUGUAGAUGUCAUUUUUCUUUCUUAAAAUCACUUUUCUUCAUGUGUAUUGUCGGAACACAUGCCUUUCUUGUGCACCCGGUAUGUUAAUGGAAUAAAGGCAGAUAUGUACAUAUAUAUAUACACAUAUAUCUAUAUGUAUGUAUAUGUAUGUGAUAGAGAAGAGAGAGACUAUAUUUCAAAAAAUUUUUCUUUAUGUAGAUGUCAUUUUUCUUUCUUAAAAUCACUUUUCUUCAUGUGUAUUGUCGGAACACUGUCCUGGAUUGAAGUCAUGUAAAAACGAGAAUUUUGAGUGCUUGUGCUUGCACAUCAAGAAAACAGAAGAAGGUAAUUGUUACUUAAGAUUUUUCAAAGCAGAAUUGUUCUUGGAAAGUGUUUUUAUGUUCCUCACAAUAUAGCACUUAGGAGUGAGUUUACUUCAUACUACCCAUUAUUGUUUGUUGUUUUUGUUCAAUUAAACUAUGCUUUAUAUGUCUUCAUGGAAAAAUACGUUUUUGUCCCAUGUGGAUUGUUUUUUCAUUGUAUACAGUUUCAGCACACUAAAACUUUACUCACAUAAUCUUUCUUAACCCUCCCAGUAUAAAUUAUUUGGGGUCUGAAUAAAAUAGGCUCUUCCACGA